CACGUCUUUUUCCUCUCUCUGUUUAGGUUUGCUGAAAAAUCAAAAAGAUUGAAAAAAGGAGACUAUGAUGGAGAUUGCAGUUGAUGCACCACAAACCCCGUUGCUGAGGAAAGAAAAGCUAAAGAACAUAUAGAGUGACAGUCUCAAGGAAAAGGGCGACAGACAAAGAAAGGUGUGGGAGGUAUGCUUCUUAAUGCUACUGGAACACACAGAGGGGAUGAUAACAGGAGUAGUCACCAACAUCUGUACCAAGAUGAAGACUGUGCCACCUUUUCCAUCAUACAGAUGAAGUCCAGAAUAAGCAAUUCUCUUCUGACCUCACCAAAACCAAUGGCUACCAAGAUAUCUGUUGCCUUGGAGAGUGACCUCAGAGGCCUCGGCUCAUCUCGCAAUCAGAAUUUCACUCUACAAAAGCAGAGUGCCAGUGGAAGUACAACCAAAUACUUUAAACAACACAGACCAUCAGUGCUACGUAAAGGCAACCAGCCUUUUCCACAAGCAUGCAGUGCUCAUGAUUGGGUUGUGGACACCGUGUGUAAGACAGAACCUGACAGUGAACCAUCAGAUGCCAUCCCUCUUUACACUGGCCAGUCUGAAAGCAGAAUCGGUGCUUAUGCGUCAAGCCCUCAGCCUGGCAGCCCGGAGUAUACUGGGAAGCAUCCAUAUAGUCUUUCAGGUGACUAUCUGUGUGUUAAAGGACAAUGCAGAUGGCCAGGGUGCUCAAAGAGCGAAGAUGUAUUCACAGAAUAUGGACAUUUCUUAAGGCACCUUUCUACUGACCAUGCUCCUGGAGACAGAAGCAUAGGCCAGCUGAGGAUGCAGAAAGACAGAGUACAGCACAUGGAGAAUCAGUUGACUGCAGAAAGACAAAAACUGCAGGCUAUGCAGCUACACUUGCUUGAUGUGAAAUCUACCUCUGAGGGUGGCAACAUUGUGGAAAAGCCGGCACAUCUGUCAGGACUUCUGCAACCUGCAUCAUCAAAUGAUCACUAUGACUGUGAGAGAGCAGCAACUGAAGCGCUAACACAAGGAUACUGGCAGAUCUCUACCUCACAAGUUAUACCAGGGAUUAUCCCCAGCUUUGAGUAUUAUAAGUUCACAAACAUGAGGCCACCUUUCACCUACGCCUCCAUGAUACGAUGGGCAAUCCUGAAGUCCCCAGAAAAGCAGCUUACACUGAAAGAAAUUUAUCAGUGGUUUACCAGCAUGUUCUUCUACUUCCGUCACAACACUGCUACAUGGAAGAAUGCGGUUCGACAUAACCUCAGCCUUCAUAAGUGCUUUGUGCGUGUUGAAGGAAGGAAAGGUUCAGUUUGGACUGUGGAUGAAGAGGAAUUUCUUAGAAGAAAAGGUCAAAAGUUACACAGGGAUCAUGAUAUGGACUGGAUGGCACCAUUUCAGCUGUUUCCUUUGACUCCACAAGGUGAAUCUUACCAGAUGUGAGGCCCCAAAAUGGCCUCUGACUUACAUUAAUACAACUAAUGUUAUUAGCUACAUUAAAAACACGAUCGAUGUAAACGACACCAUUUACAUAAAUGUGCAGUCUAAAUAUACAUAAAUGCUGGCAGUCUAUGUGAGAAAUCAGUUGUUGUUUAGUUUGAAUGUUUUGUGUCACAAAUAUUGUAAGAAUGUAUAUUAUUUACCAAAGUAAAAGUUUGUAAUUGUUAUAAUCUUUCAUAGAUUUAAAUAAAAUUAAUUUAAUCAAAAAUGAUAAUGCUUAAUGAUAUCGUUAAGUGUGUAAAUACAUUCAAUAAGAUAAAUGAAUGUUGAUGAUAUGUCCUUAAACAUUUUAUUUUACAUCGUAUUUUUACUAAUUGUCCAAAUAAAGCAAUCCAAUCAAG